AUGGGAAUCGGAUUGGUUGCAGUGUGGCACAGACCUGGAACCUUCCUGAAAGAGGUUGGGGCAGGCAGUGACUGUUCAGACGUCCAAUCUCUUUGGGACACCUCUUCAGCUCUGUCUUCCCUGCCUCUGCCUUUAGGACGAGUCUCAAACACCAACAAACUCAAGGCACGUUCCCCCUCUCAGGUCAGCUGCGAAGGGAUGGGAGCAAGAGAGAGCCUCUCCCUCCUUCUACUUAGAGUUUGUUUGUUUGUUUGUUUGUUUCAAAUAUUAAUGGACGAUAAAACAACACGGAUUCGUCACCUCCUAGCGAAGAGGAAGCCACCGCCACCACACCCCUCAAGCAUGCCCGGGCACUCCUGGGGACAUUCGGACGUGGCAGGAGUUGGCAUGCCCAAGAUGGAGCUGGGAAGGAUGACCCAGAGUGGAAGGCGUGGGCUGAGGCUCCAGGUCUCAGCUCUUGCCAGCGUCGGACUACACAGCUUUACCAGCUUUGCACCUUGCCUUUCCUUCUUGUGAGGCAUCUGGGACCGUCCUAUCAAGGCGCUUCAAAGGUGGAAGGACAGUGCUGGGGACAAGAACGUACCAGGCUCCCAGAAGAUUCCACUAGUGCGGCCAAACACUAAGACCAGGUUUCCUCCCUGCGUGGUGGUCGUUGGUUGUGCACGGGCCGCGCACGAAGACUGAAUGCCUGAGAAAUGGAAACUGCAGGAGAAAAAUCAAAUAAACUUAGAGGCCUGUGAAGCUCUCCCUGUCGUCGCUCUGGGACCGCUGUAAGCUGAGCUGCAUCUCAGAUACCUUCUCCACCUGGAGGAUGGGCCUUUCUUAGGCACGAAGUGCGUGUGCCCCACUGGGCUCUUGCCCACAAGAGCAGUCUGAACCCUGGAGAGGCUGACACAGAGGUGUCUUGAAGGAAGCAGGCACACUCUCAUGCUUCUCCACCUAGGGUUUCGCCUUUCUUCUAAUAUUUAGGAUUCCCAGUGAAGGGUACUCCACACACACCCUCUCCCUACCCCUAAUCUCACCCCAUUGUGUCUGAUCCCACAAUUACUCCCAGGGUAUCUAUACUCACAGCUUUUGCGCUCAAAGAACAUUAUCGUCUGCGGGGAACGGGUGGAGCCCUUCUCAGAAGCUCCCGGGGGCGAGUCCAUUUUAAGAAUGAGUUGAAGUAGGAAAGAAAACACAGAUGCUGUCUUUGCAUUCGACAUUCUAUCACCAGCAAGAGAAUAUGUAACUCCUGUUCUUUCCUUCAUUAUUCCAUGAAUUACCUUUUUUCUCUAGGGAUCCACCAGUUGGUGAUUUAGGGCUUUUAAAUAUUAUGCUUGUUACGUAUUUAACAAAAUGUAAUAUGUCUACUGGUGGCAUUGUUUCCUUGGGAAAUUAGAAAAGUAGAAGCUACAUACUGUAGUUCCUAGGUGGUCUCUGGAAAGUUGGCCUCAUGCUGGUUGGCUAAAUAAUAAGUGUUUAGGAUUUGAAAGGAAGAAAGAGAGCUGAAGGCCUGGUGACAGAGUUUGUGAGAAACAGAAGAUGUAACACUCUGGCAUUUAUUGAGGGGAUGAAGAAGAACUUUUGAAAAAUAAGCUAUUCUAUUCAGUUUUGUGCAAAUUUAUUGCAGUUGCUUCAUAGAGGAAGAAUAAUGUUUAGAAUGGAAUAAUUGCAAAUGCUAGUGAUGAAAUCUAAAGGAAACCUCUACUCAUAGUUAACUGAAAGUAUUUUUGUUGUUGUUGUUAAGUACUUAUCUCAUUGCUUUCUUUCCUUUGCAGAAUUAUUUUCCUAUAAUAGUUUCCAUUAGGUGUCAGUCUGACUGAACUGGUUCUUAUUUAAGUUAGGGGUGAAAAUGUUCCCUCAUCAGACCUUUUAAGAUAAGAAAGUGGGAAAAAUUAAAACUUUAUUAAGUUGAAAUUACUGGAGUUAAUUUUUAUUGUAACAAGGCAGCUUUUUUCUUCCCAGAAAAAAUAAUUUUAAAUUAUGUCGCCACUAGUCAAUGACUGCUUUUGCCCUGUCACUGUCCAUAGCCAUGAUUAAAGAAGUACAAAAUGCUUGUUUGUGCUUUUCAUGCUAGAUCCAAGUAGUGUUAAGGAGUCAUAAUUUUUGGAUGGCUUUUCAAUUGAUAUCCUAAUACUAGAAGGGUAAGCAGCCUUUUCUAAUAUUUCUUUUGCUUUACAAAGGUGGUAGAAAUUUUUCCUGAAAGAAAGAACAUGGAUUCAGCUUAAGCUGUUCAUUUGACAAUACUGAGGGCACAGUAAAGGAAGGAGACAAAUUGUGAAAAUUACUUUUGUCCACUAGUUUUACUUUAAUAAAGCCUGCUUAAAUACUCAGAAUUUAUGAACACAAUUUAUGACGUAUAGGUGGGAGAUUUUAGGUCGCCCAUUUAAAUUUAUAUAAUGUCUAUAAAUGGUCAAUUUUAUACUAUAAUAUUCAUUAAUAAGUAUAAGAAACAUCAUCUUGAUUGGUCGUUUGCUACUGAGUCCCAAGUAAGUAGCUUGAUAGAAACUGCAUUUUUCAGAAAAUUUGCUUAUUUUAUUCUUUGUAUUUGUGAAUUCUGUUCUGAUGUUGUUGCUUGAAUAGAAUUGUGGGGAGUGGUGAUGGUAUUCGUGGUUAAAGAUCCAUAGAGCAUCAUGACAACCCUAUGAACUUUCCCUGAGGCCAUUGUGAGCCCUAGAAUGAUGUGGCUCUUGGUGUCAGAGCAAUGCCAAUAUAGAACGAGAACAGAGGUCCCAGUGAAAGUCCAAGCAAAGGCAAGCAACAAUGAAGUAGCAUUUUGAUGGAAGGAAUAUUCCAAAAACCCUAUUAUCAAUUUGUGUCUUAUUAUAUUCCACAUUAGUCAUGAGAAAUUUUCAAAUGUAAAAAUGGACAACAAAAUUAGAGAUGAUGGGUAUAUUGGGAAACAUUUUUGUGUUUUAUGUAGGACAGAGGAGAAGUGCUAAGGACAUAGAAGGAAAGACAGCAUAAGGCCAUCACAGUUGUUCACCAUCUUGUCAAUAUGUACAGGUGCAGCUACCAUUGUGUCACGGAAAUGACAGAAUGAUGUUCUUACUGUGUUGGAAAGUAGUGUAUUCUGCAUAGGAGACUUACUGUUUAAAAGUAAAUUUCUUUUGGAUAUAUUUUCAGUAAGAAGAAAAAAUGUAAUAAUGACUUCAGAAUAUUUAAAGACUUUUAAAUCAUUCAGCUAUUGAAUUUAGUUAUUGAUAGCUGUAGAACUAUAAACACAAAUGCUAAGUAGAUUUUAAGCAAAUAGCUUUGUAGUACAAUUUGUUUUUUAAAUGUUUUCAGAUUUUUAUCUUAGUGCUUAUACUUUAAAUCAUGACUUACAAGUCUUGCGUUUAAGUCUAGAAAACAUUUUGCAUGAUUGUAUAAAAUAAACAUUUUAGUUGAGGAAACACGGCAGUUCAUCCAAAAAACAUAAGCCAAAAAUAUAUAUUGUAAUAUUUUAAAUUUCUUGAAAUGUGUUUAUUACCCAGUAAUUAGUUGAGUUUGUUGAGUGCAUCCUAACAAUAAAAUCAGUGU